AUGGCGCCUCUACUCCCCCGCAUGCAUCUGUUCGAGAUCGACGACCAGCCGUGCUUGGACAACCCACUCGCGAACCUCCUCUCCGACACCCUCGGCCAAGCCGUCUUCGACCAUGUCUUCAUCGACUUCUGCGCCGGCGGCGGCGGCCCCACGCCCUCGAUCGAACGCCAUCUGAACGCCUCCCUCCCCCCUUCCUCGCAACAAAACGAAAAAGAGGGAGUCCAGUUCGUCCUUACGGACCUCCACCCGCACGUGCCCGACUGGAAGAAAGCCGCGGCCGAAAGCUCCCACCUCAGCUACGUCCCCGAACCCGUCGACGCCGCCAACGCGCCCGCCGAUCUCGUCGGCCGGUACAAGGACAAAGGCAAGAAGGUGUUCCGGCUCUUCAACCUCGCCUUCCACCAUUUCGAUGAUCCGCUGGCGCGGGACAUCCUCAAGAACACGGUCGAGACCAGCGACGGCUUUGGCAUCUUUGAGCUGCAGGACCGCACGCUUCCCGGUCUGUUGCCGCCUAUCCUGUUCGGCAUCGGCAUCCUGCUUUUGGCGCCAUACUAUGCCCUUUUUGUCUGGCACUCACCUUGGACGCUGGUGUUCACGUAUCUCAUCCCUGUGCUCCCCUUCGUUCUGGUCGGCGACGGCAUCGUCAGCGCCUUGCGCACGCGCACCCCUGAGGAGGUAGCGUAUCUUCUGCGCACCUGUGGCGCCGAGGGUGGCCCCGCCGAGAUCGAGAAGUGGGAGCUCAAGAGCGGGAACGAAUCGUUUAUGUGGCCCCUUGGCAAGGUCAACUGGAUCAUUGCUACGCGGAAGAGGUAG